AUGAUAAGAAAUGGAGAUGGAGCGAUGGAGCGCUUCGACGAUGAAGAAGCAGGAGAAGAAUGCACUAUUGAUCUCUCUCUCUGUCUCUCUCUCUUGCGUAUCGUGCUAGAAGGUUUUCCUGAGGAAGAGAAGGUGCAAAUGGAGGACUUGGUGCAGCAGAAUGGUGGAAUACUCACAUCUCUCGAUGACCCGCAGGCUACACACGUGGUGUUAGAAGACCAGACGAUGACAGAGAAGCCAGCUGACUGUCCACCACGAGCACAUGUUGUAAAAGCCGAGUGGUUUUGGACUUCAAUACAAAUGGAAGCUUGUCCCGAUGAGAAACUUCAUCUUUUUGAACAAAUGAAUUUAAGCACUCUGAUGAGUCCACGGCAAAUGUUUUCAUCGCCAAGUACUCCAGGUUCAAGAAGUCGUCGGCGUAAACGUCUAAGAGAAACGGUGCAGCAUUUAGCUCAGGAUGACUCGCCCUCCACAUUGCCCUCUGCUCCACCUGCAAGCAAGCGAAGAUCAUCAGUUGGUGAUUUGGCAUAUUUAUCUGCGGAGGGCUCUCUCCUUGACGACACAGUCUCGACACCCAAUAGACUCCUUAGCAGGUGUUACAAUGAACUAGACGGUGUUGACCAGACUCCACUUAGUCCUCCACCUGUUGAUCUUCGGCAGCUUUCUGCAAGACAGCGUGUAUUCCAUGAGUUAGUUAAAACCGAAUGCAAUUAUGUUAGUAUUCUAGAUGCAGUAGAAAAGGUCAUUAAGGUUCCACUUGAGAACACUUUACAACCUGGGGGACCCAUGUUAGAUGCGCAGGAACUCAGAUAUAUAUUUGGUAACUUGCCACCAAUUCACGAGGUUCACACAAGAAUGCGUAAUGAUCUUCUACACCUUGCUCACAAUUGGACUGAUGAUGCAAGCAUUGGAGAAAUUAUACUUAAAUAUUCCACAGACUUAGAGAAAGCUUAUCCACCUUUCAUUAACUUCUUUGAAAAUAUGAAAGAGAUGUUGCAGAAAAUUUCAACGGAACGACCAAGAUUUCAUGCAUUUCUCAAAAUUGCCCAAAACAAGCCAGAGUGCGGUCGACAGAGCUUACAAGAACUUAUGAUCCGACCAGUUCAGAGAUUACCUUCUAUGAGUUUACUUAUUAAUGAUAUUUUGAAGCACACUGACCGGAGCCAUGCAGCUAACGCUCGACCGUGCAAGCACAUGUAUGUGAGGUGCGGGAAAAAACCCACCGCAGGCAAAUACUCUCUUCGCGCCCAAGCCUGUGAUAUCCUCCAGAGAUUCUGCCCGACUCAACACUGCUUCCUGGUUAUUGCGGAGGACGUGUGA